GAUAUAUUACCGAUAAAAGUAUAACGUAACAGUUUGGGGGAAAUUUGGAUAAACUAUGGCUGCUAACUGUACAACAAUUCCUCUCUCUUUGGCCACAACUUGUUCCUCCUCGUUAUUACUUGGAACUAAGGCAAAACGAUUCGUUUAUUUUUCAAAGGUGCCUUAUCCUUUUUUGUCGUUUCUUGUUACGGCUCGCAGCUCCAAGCCUAAGGUUUCCACUGACUUCGCGGCUGCCGUCAAUGGAGACGACGUCGUUUCCUCGGAGGAGGAACCGGUGAAGCUGGGAAAUCCAACCCAAGUUUAUGUUUGCAACCUUCCAAGAAGUUGGGACACUGAACAACUACUUCAUUUGUUCACUCCUCACGGAACCGUUUUAUCUGUAGAGGUUUGCCGGAAUGUGGAGAGUGGUGAGAGUAAAGGGAGUGCUUAUGUCACGAUGAGAUCUUAUAACACUGCCAAAACUGCAAUUGCUGCAUUGGAUGGAUUGGAUGUUGGUGGACGCGAAAUGCGGGUUAAAUUUUCAUUUCAGAUGAAUUCUAAGAAGAAAGGUUUAGAGACAUUAAACUCGCCGCCCGCGAGAACUAUAUACUAUGAAGGUCCUCAUAAGGUGUAUGUUGGGAAUCUUUCUAGGUCUGCUACACCUGAAGACGUGAGACAUUUGUUUGGUAGAUUUGGAAAUGUGGCUAGUGUGAGGGUGUUGCAAGAUUUGAAAAUGGGGAAAAGCCGCGUCUAUGCCUUUGUCUCUUAUCUUUCUCAGACAGAACGCGAUGCCUCUAUGUCCCUCAAUGGAACUGAAUUUUGUGGUCGAAUUCUAGUGGUUAGAGAGGGCGUUGAGAAGACUGAGACCUAAUUGGAGCUUUCAGAUUAUGCAUAGAGAAUAUUGCAAUUUUGGGUGUCUAGGAUGGAGGAAGCUCUCUGCUCUGUUAUGUGCAAGCGAUAUUGUUGUGAGAGCCUUCCUAAACUAGAUAAUGUCAGCUGGAACUGGAGGUUACUGUUCCAUCAAAAUGUGAAUUUUCAUCCCUACAUCUUUGUUGUAUGUCAAAUUGCAUUAACCAGUGUGUGACUGUAUGUAUGUAUGGAACUUGAUAUAGGAACUUUUCUUUCUUUAGUUUUGCAUAUAUUUAUAGAUAUUCAAUCUGUAUUGAGCAGUGACCAAGUGCAGUUGUAUUUAAGACUGCAGAUGAUCUCGUGACAAUUUGAUUUGAAGAAAGUGUAAUUUAUUGGCAUAACCCACAUGCUUCUUUAGAAUGAUUAGUUUAAGUUGAGCGAACUACAUAAGGACUGUUAUGUUGUCUUUGGAAAUCAUGCACAUCCAGAACCCUGUUAUCAGUGGUUUCCUAACAUUAAAGACGACGACUCUGACUCUGAUGAAGGUUCUCAGCAGUUGACCCUUCACCACGAGAUUCUUUUAAGACAUUUCCUAAUUGUUUU